GUUCUUUACGCCCCCUGGUGGUGAAGCUGAAGCGGGCCAAUCCCACUUACGCGCAAGAUCAUGGCGGAGGGUGAAUUGAACGUGGAUAGCCUCAUCUCUCGGCUCUUGGAGGUGCGGGGAUGCCGUCCAGGGAAGAUCGUUCAGAUGACGGAGGCAGAGGUCAGGGGCCUGUGCAUCAAGUCCAGGGAGAUCUUCCUGAGCCAGCCCAUCCUGCUCGAGCUAGAAGCUCCCUUAAAGAUCUGUGGAGACAUCCACGGGCAGUACACAGAUCUGCUGCGGCUCUUUGAAUAUGGCGGCUUCCCACCAGAGGCCAACUACCUGUUCCUGGGCGACUACGUGGACCGGGGCAAGCAGUCGCUGGAGACCAUCUGCCUGCUGCUGGCCUACAAGAUCAAGUACCCCGAGAACUUCUUCCUGUUGAGGGGGAACCACGAGUGCGCCUCCAUAAAUCGCAUCUAUGGCUUCUACGAUGAGUGUAAGCGCAGGUUCAACAUCAAGCUGUGGAAGACCUUCACAGACUGCUUCAACUGCCUGCCCAUCGCAGCCAUCAUUGACGAGAAGAUCUUCUGUUGUCAUGGAGGUCUUUCUCCUGAUCUGCAGUCUAUGGAGCAGAUCCGCAGGAUUAUGAGGCCUACAGAUGUGCCUGAUACAGGCCUCCUGUGUGACCUGCUGUGGUCAGACCCAGACAAAGACGUGCAGGGCUGGGGGGAGAAUGACCGCGGCGUCUCCUUCACCUUUGGGGCCGAUGUCGUCAGCAAGUUCCUCAACCGCCACGACCUGGACCUCAUCUGCAGAGCCCACCAGGUGGUGGAGGACGGCUACGAGUUCUUCGCAAAGCGGCAGCUGGUCACUCUGUUCUCGGCUCCCAACUACUGUGGCGAGUUUGACAACGCAGGAGGCAUGAUGAGUGUGGACGAGUCCCUCAUGUGCUCUUUCCAGAUCUUGAAGCCUUCAGAGAAGAAGACCAAGUACCAGUAUGGGGGGCUUAGUUCGGGCCGUCCCGUCACCCCUCCAUGCACAGCCCAGGCCCCCAAAAAGAGAUGAAGCAGAAAAAGAGGCUUGAGUGACAAGGAAGAGGACAGCAACUGAAAUCAGCAAACAGCCCCAACGAUGUUUCCUUCCUGUCCUUUCGUUGGGAAGGGAAAGAAACCCAAGUCAAUAUUUGCAGCAG